GACUCCGAUGGAGAAAGCAUCAAAGGAAGGAAUGAACCGUCAGCGUCAUCAACGUGGCCAGUCGAGAAGUUUGCCUGUGGUAGAGAGGUUUGAGGAUAAGUCUAGACAUGAUAGCAUCGAAGGAAAUGUUCAGAAAGGGAACGUUAAGCUAUUUCUCUACGACUUUCAGCAAUGUGAUGCGAAACGUUGCACAGGUAGGAAACUGUUGAGAUUCGGCCUUGUUUCGAGUCUUGAAGUACAUCGAGCCUUUCGUGGUAUUAUACUAAGUCCUGAGGGCUCAACAGCUUUCUCCCCACAAGACGCAGAAAUUGUACUAAAACACGGCCUGGCUGCGAUCGACUGUUCGUGGGCGAAACUUGACGAAGUACCCUUUGCAAAACUUAGUAAGGCACAACCCAGACUUCUUCCGUUCCUUAUUGCUGCAAACCCUACAAAGUAUGGAAAGCCCCUACAAUUGAGCUGUGUAGAGGCGUUUGCUGCUGCAUUGACUAUUAUGCACAGAAGAGCUGAGGCAGAAAGACUGCUCGAAAAGUUUGGUUGGGGCAAUUCUUUUUGGCAAGUAAAUCAGUCCUAUUUAUCGGCAUAUGAGGCUUGCUCUACAAGUACCGAAAUUGUAAACGUUCAGUUUAAGAUUUUAGAGGAGCUGAAUAAAAAGAAUAGAGCAUCAAGAACAGACGAGUUGAAUACAUCUGAAGAGGAUAAUGAUGAUGAUCCUUUUUUAUCAGGAAAUCCCAAUUACAGCACACAAAAAGCAAGUUUUAGGAUGUCGGAAGAUUUUGAACUGGAGGAUUGUACAAGUAGCUUGGAGAUUUCGACAGUUAAUGAAGUCUCGUAAUAUGUAGCAAGCUUGAAGGCUGUUGAUUGUGUUGCCAAAUAGUUGAAAAUGAAACCUACGGUCCUCAUUGUGACAUUUUACUUGAAAAGAGUGAUCUUUGGUUGUCAUUUAGUUUCUUAUUUGUUCAAUAUCUAAUGUUUAUUAUGAAAUGAAGAGGAUAUCGUCCUUACGUGGCCUAUGAAUGAUACUGUUCUUGGGAAACAGGUGAGAAUUAGAAGUAUCCUGAAGAUUCAUUAUCAACAGCAUGUGCACGUAGUAACUACUUGAAUAAAUCGUCAAAGUUCUUUUCAUCUUUUUUGAAUUUGGACAAACAAGGAUUUCGCUUUUCUUCAAUGGAUGAAUUUUUUUUGUCUUCGGGGAAACACGUUGAUAAAGAACAUCUCACAACU